AUCUUUAAAGUUUGCACAGCUGUUUUGUGGUAGGCUCAGUAUUUUGCAAAUUUUUAUUUGAGUAGCCUAAUUUUCAGGGUAGGCUUGAAGGUGUGGACCAGAUGGUAUUAUGCGUACGGUUCUCACGCUAAUGCGUAUAAACCCCAAUCCGUCAGAUGCUGGCUUUCUACCUUACAAAAUAGGUAUAAAAAGUGUGGUGGUCCAGCCAGAACAGCAUCAGUUGAUCAUACCCAACUACCAGUGGCCAACAUGAAGUAUUCCUGUGCGCUGCUCCUUUUGGCCAUCCUGGGAUGCUGCCUGGUGAGCCUGUCGAGUGCUGCCACAGGCACAUCCACUACUACUACGGAAGCCUCCACCUCCACCACCACUACCACAGCCGCGUCCACGACCACCACAACCACCGCAAGCACCACAACCACCACCACCACAGCUGCUUCCUCCAAGAAAAAGAAGCACGUGGUUCACUACAAGCGCAAGACCCGCCGCCCCAAGAAGGUCAGGAAGAUCCACCGCAGGAAGAAGCGCAGCGGUUAA